AUGCCAACCCUCACACCCCCCCAAGCCGCCGCCCUCCCCGCCAACCUACGGAACAGCAUCUACUCCUCCCUCCUCAGCUCCGGCUCGAUCCGCACCAUCGAAUCCACUUUAACGCAACUGCUCCAAUCCACGGGUUUCCAGGCCGCCCUGCGCGCCUACAUCACCGACCUGUUCCGCACGGGCCAGGCGACGACGGCGAACGAGGCGUUUGGCCUGGCCAUGGGGCGCGUGAGGGAGUGUAUGGCUGAGGGCGCGGAGGGGGCGAAUGGUGGGGAGAGGAACGGGAGUGGGGAUGGGGAGGAGGGCGCGUUGAGGGUGCCGGAUGAGGUUGUCAAGGAGGGGUGUAAGGUUGUGAGGAGAGAGCUGGAGAGGGUCGUUGUUAUUGAGAUGGAUUAG